AUGGGGGAGAUUUGGGAUGAGCUUUUAGCGACACAGAGGGAAAGGGAGUUCCUCAAAACCGCCAUGAAUGGAUACAAACAGCUUUGUGUCACUGAGCACAAGAAACGCUCCCCACUUGAGUGUGAGGAAUGCUGGCCUCGGUUGAUCAAUCGAAUCAGGGAUCGAUACCUCAACUCUUCAAGUAAGGAGUGGUUUUCAGGCAGGCGGCAGUUUCUGCAGGAGCUCGACACCAUGUUUGCGGAGGCUAGAGAGCGGAAACGAAAUAUUAUCGACAUUUCCACUCGCAUAGAUGCAGAGAAGGAGGAGUGGUGUCGGGAGAAACUCAGAAACCUGGGCCUCACAUUGGCUACCGAUCAACCAGAUGCAGUGAACCGCGUGCUGAAUGACAAAUCAAAACCGGUUGAACAGCUAGUAUCCGAACUGAAAGCGAUCUGGAGCAGAGACGCUGGCGAAACCGAACAAGCAUUCAAGGAUUUCACAGCGAAGCUGGAGGCUGCCGGAUCACCCGAGGCGAAGCGUGAGGUGUAUGUAGAGGUAUUUUUUCAGCCAAAUAACGACCCUCAGGGUGCUGCCAGAUGUAAGAAGUACAUUGACAUGGUACGCGGUGGCACUUGUAUCUCGGAUGUUGUUGCUCUCAUGGUUCGCGAACGUCAGUCCCAAGUUGGCAAAAAGGAAGAGAGGCAGCGCCAUCUUAGGAGGAAAGACGAGCUUACUAGAGCUAAAGCUGCGAACGAGGCUGCCAAGGCAAAGAAGGCAAAGGCGAAGCAGGAUAAGAUCAGAGCCGCCCAAGCUGCUGCACAGGAGCACGAUCUUCCGCCUUGCACCAACUGCAAGAAGAGACUUGACGACCAGAAUCUACAAUACUGCGAUUUCUGCGUCACCCUGUCGGAGGUCUACGGCUUUCAGGAUCGCUCGCCUACCUAUUUCUGCUCAGACGCUUGCUGGCAAGAGGGCAUCGAACCGCACAUCAAGGAGGCCGGCCACGUGUGCUCUGGCGAUGGAUUCAGAGGCGGAUCGACCACAGAAAAGCCGGGCUAUUGCAAAGAAUGUAUUCUUGAUCACAAGGUGGAAUCCUUCUUUUGCUGUCUGGAGUGCUUCGAUGAACACUUUCAGGAGCACAGGGAGAAGGUCCACAUGCCAAAGCGGGAUAAUAUCGGCGAAAUUUACGAAGACGAGGACGACCUGGUUCACACUUCUAACGACCAGUACAGAGCGCGGAAGAUCGAGGACCACUGGAUACCCAUUGAGGACGCUGUGCAGCAGUGGGCGAAGAAGCUCGGCGCCACUUACACCACCAUCGACGACUAG